GAGUUGUAGCCCAAUUCCUACCAUACAAGGUUACAAGCGCCAGAAAUCCUUCCUGCUAGUCGCUAAUUUCCUCUUUCGCUUCCAUUCCACCCACCAUCGAUUUCUCUCUUUGGGGUUAGGGUUUCGAUUCUCUUCUCGAAGAUGUGGCACGAAGCUCGAAGAUCAGAGAGGAAAGUCCACGACAUGAUGGACGCGGCUCGAAAGAGAGCCCAAAGACGAGCCAUCUUCUUAGCCAAAAGGCGCGGCGAUCCUCAACAAUCUAUUCAAGUUAUCGGCUCUCGCUGCCGUAUCCAUCGCGACGAUGCUCUCUAUCACGCCACCGAAGACCAGCAAGGCCUGAUUCCUUGGAAUGGUAAACAAGACGUUUUAAUUGAUAGAUUCGAUGGCCGAUCUCUACUUGAUUUUAUUCGGGAGCCAGGGACACGGCAUUUUAGAAAUCAAGAGAAGUCUGAAGAAGAAGAAGAAGUAGAAGAGUUUGUUAAUUUUGAGCGUUAUCGGGAUUUAAUUAAGCAUCGCCGUAGAGGAUUUACGGAUGAGGAUGGUUUACAACAUGUGAAUCUAGAAAUGGAGGCAAAAGUUACCGCACCAUUUCAGUCAGACAGAUCACAGCCAGCACAACCAGCUAAUAAAGGUUCAUAUUCUCAAGUUGGAUUUUCUUAUGAUGGAAAUGGGAAAGAGGAAGCUCAUUUUUCAGAUGAUGAUGAAGAAGAUGAGGAGGAGGAAGAUGAUGAUGAAUUCAACAGUGAUGAUAGUAAUGAUGAAGGAAUGGAUAUAAUAGCAAAAGAAUUUGGAGUGAAAAGGUAUGGGUGGCUUGUUUAUAUGGAUAAAAAGGCAAAAGAGGAGGAAAAAAGACAGAAGGAAGUAAUCAAAGGCGAUCCUGCAAUUAGGAAACUGAGUCGCAAAGAGAGGAGAAAAGCUUCUCAAAUAGAGAGGGAGAGAGAAAGAGAAGCUGCACGGAUAAUUGGAACACGAGUACUCCAUAAUGAUCCUUACCGGGAAUCUAGGCGGAGUCCAACCUAUGAUGCUUAUCCACGUUCUAGGAGGUCAAGAUCUAGAUCACGUUCAUACUCUCCAUCCUACUCAAGGCGCCAUGCACGUGGAGGUUAUUCUGAUGAUUCUCAUAGAAGUAAAACAAAGGCUCCAAAAAUAGAGUAUAUUACAGAGUUUGGGGGUUCUGGCGAUGGGGAUGGACCAAAGCUUGAAGGACAUUCUCCACCAUCAUCUCCACUAUCCCAGGCUGACAUGUUGAACCGGUCGGAGCACUCGACCUUUAAUUCUUGCAAAGAUAGAUUGCCAUCAUCUGGUCGCAUACUUGAGGCACUUCAUGUUGAUCCUGCAUCUGGUGUUUCUCUUGAUAAAGAAAAGAGUGGUAAAGUGUCAAAACCAGCAAUAAGUGGAUCGUCAGCAUUAGCAAAGUUGACAAAAACAAGUGCCUCUGGAGGACCCUCAAAACAGGGGCAGAUUGAGAAGAAAGAAACUCCUCAGGAGCGGCUAAAAAGGAUUAUGAACAGACAGUUAAACAAGCAAAUUAAGAAGGACACUGCUGCAGAAAUGGCUAAGAAGCGAGAGCAGGAGCGCCAAAGACUGGAAAAACUUGCAGAAACAAGCCGAUCAAGUCGUCAUAGGCAUAGCAGCCGCAGUCGGAGCUACAGUCGCUCUCCUCCAAGCAGAAUAAUGUCUCCUUGCAAACCAACCAAAGAUAAAUACGAGUUUUUGAGUGAUAUUUUGGUUAAUUUAUUUGUUGUUGUGAGGGAAUUUGGGGGUGUAUUAAGAUGUAGUAGCAUGAUUUGCCAAAAGGGGAAUUGCUGCCUGAAGUUUAAACAAAAUAAAUAUCCACAAACUUUUACGUGGGAAGUCAAGAAAUUUAUAAAACUAUUGACAUUUGUCUUAAGCUUAUUCUGUCUCUAUUUUCUUCCCUUUUUUUGUUUCCUACUUUUUUCUUUGUCCAUCUGGUUAAAGACUUGAUUGUGUUAUUUUCUUCUCUUAACUGCAGUUAAUAAUGUUUGUUGAGUCAUUCCUGAUAUUUACAUGGCAACUAUGUAAUUUAGCAAUACAUGCUCUUUUGUGGUAGGCUGGUAGCAAUAUUUGUUCUGCUUCUCUCUUAU